CGGGUACAAAUACAGUUAUCUAGGGAUUGUAUACGGGUGUUUAAAGAAAAACGGUUAUUACGUAAUUUAAUCGUAUGAUGAAGUUUCGGAUUCGCUACUCUCACCAAGGUUAAUUAUGAAUUCUGACUCCAUAUCAAAAUGUCUAUUUAUUUAUUUAUUUAUAUAACUAGACAUUUUCGUAAACGACUGUACCCAUGUCACACGAAUGCCGCGUCACUGUCACACCAAUGAAAGUUGUAUAUUUACAAACUCACAUCUUACGCACACAUAGGGUCGCGCGCACAACUGAGUUGAACUACUGUACCUACACAUAUCAUUAUUUACUAUUCGAUAGUCUAGUAAGUAACUAUUACAAAGCUUUUUUAUCAUACUUUUCAAUCAUAAUUCAUUUGUACAAGUAUACAUUUUACCUUUAGAGUUGCCACGAAUAGUUGGUAUAGCGAAUAGUCGACUACCGAGUAAUCGCCGUUCGCUGUGGCGAAUAGUCUGAUACUAUUACUAAUAUUCGACAUAAAUAAGGCAUAUUAAACAUAAUUUUUAUUUCUAUAAAAUGUAGCAUUAAACUCGGGCUCAUUUAUUUGUUAUCUAAUUUUAAUAAUAAUUUUAACACAUUUUUUUAAGUUGUGAGAAAUAAAGCUAGAGAAAUCUGUUUUAUGUGUAAUAUGCAUUCGUAAUUCGUAUAUAUAUAUAUAUUUUUAAAUGCUGGCAACCCUUUUCAAGUAAAUAUUUUACGGAAUUCCCCGUUAUUAACGAAAAUAAUAAAGAAUGAUUAAUUAUUUUUACUUAUUCCUUUUUUUGUUCGUUACAAAUUUAUUUUAGACGAAGACUCGCCGAAUACCGAAUAAAAGCGAGUAUUCGCGGCAACUCUAAUACAUUUAUAUAUUUCACACCAUCUUAAAAUUAUAGAUUAAGAAAAUCGUACUGAAACAGAUGUGCCAUAAAACUGGUACUAGGUAAAAUAUCAAUGAAAACUUUUCCUUUUGCCCCUUGAAACUUUGCUGUUUUAUAGGUAUACUUACAAUGGCAAAUUUUCCCUAAACAGCAGUUCAGAAGUUGGCCGUUUCCCAGAGCUAUUCUUCUACUAUGAUUACGUACCUACUUACGAAAAUUAAGUAUGUUCAUAAAUAAUUUGCUAGCUUAAUGUCGUAUGUUUCGAGACAAAAGAAACAAAAAAUUAGACAAAAUAAAUAGUGAAAAUUGUGUAACUCUGGUGAAUGACCUUGACCCACUUUAAUCGCAUAGUUUUAUAAUCAUCGGCACGGAUAUUGAGCCCUGACCUUCACCUGCGCAGAAGCGAUUUAUUGGUUCAUUGCCUUAUGUGUACAGUGCGCAAAGCGAUCCCCACUCUUCCGCCGAGAGCUCAAUAUCCGUGCCGAUAACUAUAUCACUUGAGAAAGUUGCGUAAACGCAGUUUACAUAACUCGCGUUACGCUUUGUGGUCGUGAUUAUUCUAUACUUUCAUUACAUGUUCACAUAGAUAGUUAUUGUUAUGCAAUGGCCGUUUAACUAAAUAAAACCAAUGAUGCUUUUGACGAAAAGAAAAAAAGGUGCAGUGCCACGAAAGGCUAGUGAUGAACCGAAGAGGAAGAAGCAGUCCGACUCGUUCCUACAGAACGGGCCGUGCUUCGAAGUAGCGCCACGCCUGGCCAAGUGCCGGGAGUGCCGCUGGUCACCCGCGCAAACAGACAACGACAUGCCGAAUAUCUUGUGCCGGUUCUACGCUUUCCGAAGACUGAAGUACGCCAAAAACAGGCACCUGGCUGUCGCCGGCUUCUCGGAUCCUUACAAAGACGCCGAAGAGGAUGAUAAAAAGCUAUGGCUGUCAUCGUCAGCAGGUGCGGCCGAGUUAGAUAUCGAGAUGAGUUGCUUCCUACUGAGGGUGAUUGGAGACCAGUUCUGUGAACUGCUACAACAAGAGAAGGAGGCGGAAUCCUAUCACAAAAACGAUGAUAAGAUGAUAGUAUGGAAACGUGUGGUUCAGGGAGUGAGAGAAAUGUGCGAUGUCUGUGAAACUACACUAUUCAAUUUUCACUGGACGUGCGGCAAAUGCGGAUUUGUCGUGUGCUUAGAUUGUUAUAAGUGGCGGGCAUCAGGCGGCGAAACGGCAACCCCUCCAACUGAAACGAACGACUCGUCAGACGCCAACAACCCCAACGACAAGAGAGAUUCCUUUGGUUGGCUAACAUGCACAUCGGGCGGAGGUCACCCACCAAGACGGCUUCUGCUGACGCAAAUAGCCACGGGUGGGGCGCUAGACGCGGCGGCGGCGCGGGCACAUGUCCUGCGCUCGGCCUUCGCCCUCCCGCCCUGCGCCUGCGGGACAGCGCCCCCCGCGGACCCAGAGACACGCGCGGCCGCGAGGCGGUUACUGCAUCGAGCGCUUAUGAACAAAGUUAAAAAGGAGGAAGUUAAAGAAGAGACCGCAGCUGCCAACGGCUCGUCACCGGUCAAAUCUGAGAACGGCAAUACUGGCAGCGCAGUCGUCAGGCUUUUCGCCUUACCUCUCAAGAGAGAAGCUGAGGACGAGAAGUCCGAGUCCAGUUCAUCUGACUCCGAAGAUGGAGGGAACUUCUCAGCGUUACGGGAGUUACUCAUCCGACCGGCGCCAAAGGGCGGUGACACGCAACCUAAAAAGAAACAAAAGACAAGUAAAAGCGACAUCCUCGAUGACGUCAUUUCUAGUGUUGUUGAUGAGAAGAAAGAUGAAGACGGUGAAGUGAAACCUUUUGCGUUGUCGAAUGUAGUGACGCGGUAUGAUAGGAGUGGGCGGAGUUGUGACGAGCUGCCCAUUCGUAUCAUGACGCUGACGGAGUCGAAGCUGCUGUACCCCGACGUGCCGCACGCGUGGCUGUGCGACGGCAAACUGCUGCACCUCACCGACCUCAUGCACCCCGGGAACUAUAAACCCUUCCAGGACCAGUGGAAACGCGGUCAACCAGUUCUAGUCUCAGACGUAUCAACCAUUCUCGAUAAAGACUUAUGGAGUCCAGAGAGUUUCUCUCGGGACUUCGGUAAAACGAGAGUCGAUUUGGUCAAUUGUGCGUCCGGUUUAGUGGUACCCAAUCAGUUGGGCAAGAAAUUCUGGGAUGGAUUCGAAUUAGCCGCCAAGAGAUUACGUGACGAACGCGGGGCUCCAAUGGUGCUCAAACUAAAAGACUGGCCACCGGGCGAAGACUUUGCCAAAGUUCUCCCAGCGCGAUUCGACGAUCUCAUGCGUGCGUUACCAUUAAGUGAAUACACAUCUCGCACUGGGAAAUUAAAUCUAGUUGCGCAAUUACCCGAAUGUUUCGUCCGUCCUGAUCUCGGACCGAAGAUGUACACCGCGUAUGGAGGAGCGGGCGGUACCACUAAUCUUCAUUUGGAUGUCAGUGACGCUGUCAACGUGAUGGUUCACGCCAGCGCUCCGGCAGACGCAGCCGAGAGAGCACGCGAAGCGGCGCGUGCGGCUGAGGAGGCAGGAGUCGACGUGCUGUCGCGUCGCCGAGCACUCGUCAAGCCACCCGCAGCACUUUGGCACAUAUACGCCGCUAAAGAUGCGGAUAAAAUCCGUGAUUUCCUAGUCCGAGCUGAAUUAGAACGAGGAGCGCGACCGCGACCUCAACACAACCCCGUACACGACCAAACUUGGUACCUCGACGCUGCGCUUCGCCAACGCCUGUACCGAGAGUACGGAGUGGAGGGCUAUGCGAUACUGCAGUGCCCCGGAGACGCCGUCUUCAUCCCGGCCGGAGCGCCGCAUCAAGUGAGAAAUCUCCUAGACUGCAUCAAAGUGGCCGAGGACUUCGUUUCACCAGAGAACGUCUCGCGGUGUUUCGAGCUCGCGCAACAGUUUAGGCGGUUGUCUCGCCAGCACUCCAACAAAGAAGAUAAGCUACAGAUAAAGAAUAUUGUGUACCACGCGGUAAAACAUUCUCUGUGCUGCCUAGAGGAGGCGCUCGCCGAAGCCAAGUGAAGGCGGGCCGGCCUCCCGCAUUUGAUCUCAUUUUGCACCUCGAACCUUACAUUAAUUAUUAUUAUUAAUUGCUAAGUUCCGCAUUUAAACGUAAGAUUGCGAGCGAGUAUGAUACAGGGCAUGCAAUUUCGGUAAAAUUAAAAUUACCGGUAAAAAUUCGGUAAUAAAAAUAUUUUUACCGGUAAAACGGUAA